CAAUUAUGAUCCGUGCUGCUGCUUUUGAGCGUGCAGCCUUAGCUUUAGCUAGCGGCAUGUAACACACUAGCGAGCUGCGUGCUGCCUUUGUAUCCUCGUUUCACGAGGCCUAUUGAUCGCUAACGGCUCGACUUUAUAGCUGAAAAUAAUCAGCUAUGCGCCUCAUCAUCGUUCUGGCUGCUGCAAAGGCGCUCGCGCCCCCCAGCACAAAACACACCAGCACUGCCAGCACAAAGCGCGCCGGCAUUUUGAGCACAGGCCGCUUCGUGGUUGUCAGAUCAUCGUCCUACGACGUCGAGGGAGGGGCGGAAAGCUCAGCGCCGUACGACAUCGAGGAACCACCAGCGGCCGCCGCGGCGCCGACGAAAGACGUGGCAGCGCUCAAAUCCAAGCUCUUCGCGGCCUGCGCCGCCGCGGACCGCGGUUUCGCGGCGUCGCCGGCGGAUAGACAAGAAAUCGAGGCGCUCCUCGACGAGCUGUCGCCGCUGUCGCCGACGGACGAGCCGACGCGGGGUCUAGCGGAGGGCGCGGCCGACGCGCCGCUGCGGAAAUGCUGGCGACUCGUCUACACGAGCGCGUCCGACGUCUCGACGCUGGCCGCGAACCCGCUCGCCUCGCUGGGAGGCAUCUACCAGGACGCGCGCGAGCUGCCGGUCGUGGUGAACGUGAUCGACUCGUUCCCGCGGUGCGUUUCCGCGAGUCCGACGAGGUCCCUUGACGUCGCCGACGACUCACCCAUUCGAGAGAAUAUCUCCCGACGCAGGUUGCUGGCGAACCUGCCCCCAGACGCCGCCUCGAAACUCGCGACGACAACGCGGCUGCGUGUCCAGACGAGAGCCCGACCACGCUCGGCGACGCGCGUGGGCCUGAGCUUCGAAUCCGUCGGCGCCGAGCAGCUCGCGAUCCUCGGCCAGGAGGUGCCCGACUGGCUACCAAAACCAAAGGUGGACCUGCCGCAAAUUGGGUUAGAUGUCCAGCGGCGGAUAUUUAGUGUAGGAGACGACGAGGACCCGCGCGACGCCGCGAGCAACCCCGCGUUCUUCGACGUCAUGUUCCUCGACGACGAGCUGCUCGUGAUCAAGCAGGGGAGCCCCGGAGGUUUAUUUGCGGCGGUCGCGGUCGACGAGCUAGCAAAAGGCUAUUAGUUGUGUAAAGAUAAGUCGAAUUACGAUGUAGGAAUUC